CUUUGUAUAGUACUGCAUCGCUCAAUUUUAGGCAGAGGUGCCUUUGCUAUCUUUGCAAUUUCAGUGCACCUCAGAAACUGAAGGGAAGUGCACCCCGGCUGACAAUGUAUUUCCUGUUUCAAUUUUUGCACCUUGUCAGGGGGGAAACGAUCGCAGAUUGAAACACGGGUGCAAAACUUGCUCCUGACAGGUGAUGAGUUUGGAUGCGCGGGUGUCUCUCUUGGAGGACGGGUUCAUGCGCCAGGAACAAGGCAUAACUAGCAUAGCCGCUGCAACGCCGGAACUCUUGAAACGAGAUCGGCAAGGCUUUCGUCAGCCAGGAUCUGGUCGCCAAGAUGUGCCAAGUCCGGCUCAGAGAGCUUCGCAUGCUCAGGAAGGCGGCGAAUCUGGAGACGGGCAAGUAAAUCUGAUGCCACGCUUGAACCGACGCAUUUCGUGGAUCCACGAUGGGCUUGGCCAGCAGGAGCCAAACGAGGUGCAGCGACAAGUGAGACCAAUGCAAGAGACUUGA